GAAACACACACGCAACACACACACUCUCUCUAUUCGUGCGCGCACCCGUGGAGAUGGUGCUUUAGAGCGCGCUCGGAGGCGGUCCGGUUGCCUCAGAAUUGCUCGGAGAUAUCAACGAAAGAGAGCGACAGCGAGCGGACCUGCAGUCAUAGCUGAACACAUUUUUCGGAGUUGAUCGCAGAGAUUUUAUUUAGCUGUCGGCGGCCCUUGACAGGAUGUCCAGUGAGGUGCAACAGAGGCCGGACGACAGUCCCAACACCAGCGGGGGCAGCUCCGAUGCAGAGCUAAGAGAGACCGUCCCGGUCGAACAGCCUCCGGAGAGGGAGAGGGAUCAGACCCCGCCCAAGAAGAAGGAGGCCAAGAUCUCCAGCAAGACUGCUGCCAAACUCUCCACCAGUGCCAAGAGGAUUCAGAAGGAGCUGGCGGAAAUCACUCUUGACCCACCACCCAACUGCAGCGCCGGUCCUAAAGGAGAUAACAUCUACGAAUGGAGGUCGACCAUCUUGGGGCCCCCAGGUUCCGUGUACGAAGGUGGAGUUUUUUUCCUCGAUAUCGCCUUCACGCCAGACUACCCCUUCAAACCCCCCAAGGUGACAUUUCGCACAAGAAUCUACCACUGCAACAUCAACAGUCAGGGCGUGAUCUGCUUGGACAUCCUGAAGGACAACUGGAGCCCCGCCCUCACCAUCUCCAAGGUGCUGCUGUCCAUCUGCUCCCUACUCACAGACUGCAACCCUGCGGACCCACUGGUUGGGAGCAUCGCCACACAGUACCUAACCAACAGAGCUGAGCACGACAGGAUAGCCAAACAGUGGACCAAGCGCUACGCCACAUAGACUGCCGGCCACCAUCACCGACCCAUCCCUCCCCACACACCUCAACAGUCCCCCGACACCCCCCCAGGACCUGUCAAAGCACACCCACCCACCCACCUCCAUCCCCAACGCGCCUCUUUUUCUCCCCCCACUCCUGUUGUUCUACCCUCUGUGGAAAAAAAGAAAAGAAAAAAAAAAGAUCUUUUUGUUCCUUGUUGACUUGAAAGCUUUUUUUAUACAGUGUACAUGUAUACAAAGAGUAGAUUGGGAUUGUAUUUUCCAAUACACUGAAUGUUGGUAAGGUCAUAAAAAGCUUUAUUAUUAUUGUUGUUGUUAUUGUUAUUACUAUUAUAAUUAUUAUUAUGAUUAUCAUUAUUACAAGUGUAAUAUUAUCAUCUGGGAGUGUGUAUGUAUGUGCGUGGUUGUGUGCGUGUGUGUGUGGUUGUGUGCGUGUGUUUGUGUGUGUGUGGUUGUGUGCGUGCACGUAUGUGUGUGUGUGUGUGUGUUUUUGUUUCCUUUUCUCCUGUUUCUACUAUCACACAAACCAAUGGAAAUACACACUUCAGAUCCACCCAUAAUGACCCAUACACCAACCCCCCCCCCCUUCCCAAAUAAUAACCAGCAACUGUCUCUACUCCCCAUCUGCGCCGAGAUAAAGAGUCACAACGAAGACCAGCAAAUCACAUGACAGGCGAUAGUGACUCACUUCCCUACGGAACGGACACUUUUUUUGUAGUAUGUGUGUUUAUAUGUUUUGUAUGUUUAUUUGUUUAUUUUUUUCGUUUUUUUUUUUCUGUGUAACCCUUUCUAAUUGCCCCCCCUCCGCGCUCCUGCUCCACCUUUCUGAGAAGAUGUUUACGUGGAUUACUGAGGCGUCAGCCUGUAAGAAGUCAUGAGGAUGCCGCUUUACAGUACGGUAUGUGUCAGUGGUCUUGCUGCUCUCCCACACUGACCGCGCGGUGUCAAGAGGUCGUUUUAUUGUACACUUGCAUUGUGAGAAAAUGAACGAAUACUCUAAUUAGUAAAUGAAUAAAAGGAAGCACUCUGGCUAAAAAGAC